AUGAAUUCUGCCUUCAGCUGUGCAGGUUUAGGUUGCUGCCUGUCCUCAGCACACUCACUGCCGGGGGGAACUCAGGUAGCAUGUGUGAGGGCGAUGGGCCAUGGGACUCCUGAUAAUAUGAACUGGGCUGGACUACUGCAGAAUCUGCUGUUUGUGGUCUAUCUGCAGCAGGUCAUAUGUGGUUCAGUCCGAUUUUCUAUCCCAGAGGAGCAGGAGCCUAAUAUUCUGGCAGGGUCACUUAGUAAAGACUUUCCACCUCCGUACCAGCUCCUGACCCAGGACUAUUUGUGGGUGGACAAAAACACAGGGAAUUUCUACACCACUGAGCAAAAGAUGGAUCGUGAGGCCCUCUGCCCCAAGGAGACAGAAGCUGAGGAAUGCCUUAUUUUACACAAUGCUGUGGUUGGGCCCUCAGGAGACCUUAUACAGUUUCUUGUGAUCAUAGAGGACAUCAAUGACAAUGCACCCCAUUUUGAAAACAGUGAAAUACACCUGAGGGUGUCUGAGGACAUGACUGUGGGGACCAGUUUCUUAGUAGAUGACCAGGCUCAGGACAGGGAUGCUGGAGAAAACAGCGAGCUGCAUUAUCACCUAGUAGAUUCUGAUGGAGUUUUCAGUUUAAAAGUGGAACAAGACGGGCGUCUCAUCAUGCUGGUUUUGCAAACAGCUUUGGAUAGGGAGACUCGUGACAUGUAUCACAUGGCACUUGUGGCCACCGACUGUGGCUCAGGGCCAUUGAGUGCGACAGCAACUUUAAUAGUCACAGUGACAGAUGUUAAUGACAACUGUCCAAGCUUUAGCACCGAUAGCCCCUGUGAUGUUACCAUCCUCGGCGACUCCCCGAAGAACAUGCUAGUUGCUCAGGUCAGAGCCACAGACCGAGAUUCAGGCCUGAAUGCUGCCAUCGUCUACUCCCUCAGUCCCAAAGUCUCAGAGCGGGCCAAGGAGCUCUUUAGCCUCGACAGCCUCACUGGGUACAUCAGACUAACACAGGACCUCCAGAGUGACAAAUCCGAGGUGCUGCUGUUAAACGUGUUGGCUAGCGGCCAUCACUGCCCCCCAGCAGACACUCAGGUAACCGUAUCCAUCCUCCCCAAGGCAAACCAAGAGCUGACGAUCAAGAUUGGGUUCAUAGCAGAGCAUCACAACCAGACUAUGGUGUUACCAGAGAACCAGCCCCCCACCAUCUUAGCUGUUUUAGAGCUUGAGGGUGACAGCAGCUUUAAAGGCUCAUCUCUUGCCAUUGAGAGCGAAGUGCCUUUCACUUUGAGCCCACAGAAUGGCAAAUAUCUGCUUUCCACCAUAAAGCCCCUAGACUAUGAGAUGAAAAGCGAACAUUAUAUUUAUGUGGUAGUGCAGGGGAGAUCAGCUGAAGGAUCUGUGAUCAUUUCUUCCAGGCGGGUGAUCAGGGUGUUAGUGGCAGAUGUCAAUGAUAAUGCUCCACAUUUCCUCCAGUCUCGCUAUCAACUGGAGGUGGAGGAAAACAACCAGCCGGGGAAGUUACUGCUGAGGGUCUCAGCAUCAGACGCAGACAGUGGAUACAACAGCAGGGUGACCUACAGCCUGGACAAACACACAUCUACCAUCUUUAACAUUGGCCCCGAGACAGGUCAACUGUCCGUGUCAGCCGUUCUGGAUAGGGAACAGCAGGGUGUGCACACGCUCACUGUGUUUGCACGAGAUAGCGGCUCGCCUCCCUUGGAGUCAGUGGCCACAGUAUCCAUUCGUGUUCUGGAUCAGAAUGACAAUGCACCUGCGUUUCUAACUCCUCACUUCAUCUUUUUUAUCCAUGAGAAUGUACCACCGUUCGCCCAGGUGGGCAGGGUUGGGGUGACGGACCCAGACGAAGGAGAGAAUGGGAACACAGAGUUGCAUGUUGUAAACAGCAGUGGACCUUUUGUUGUGGAUAACACCAAGGGGACACUGCACACCACCAACAACUUGGACCGCGAGACAGACGAUCACUAUGAACUCUACCUUCUGGCCAGCGAUCAUGGGCACCCGUUCACUUUGACUUCUGCUGCCAGGGUAACUAUCUUUGUGGAGGACAUCAAUGACAACCAGCCAAAAGUGAUCCUUCCAAGCAGCAACUCCUCGUGCCAAACUGUCUCUCCAGCAACCAUUGCAGGCACCUUAGUAACAAAGAUCUAUGCUAUCGAUGAGGACUUAGGGCUGAAUUCGGAGAUUACCUACACUGUUGUGGCGCCUGAGUCGGCGCAAAACAGCAGCCCCUUCCGGUUGGAUUCAAGGUCAGGGAACAUCACCGUAGCUCAGCAACUCCUACAGAAAGACCUUGGAAUGCAUCACAUGUUCAUUGUGGUCAGAGAUGGGGGGAAACCAGCUCCACUUUAUACCACUAUCUGGGUUAAUCUCUUGGUCAAUGAGAGCAUGGGACCCUGCAACUUAGACAGAGUGCCCACCUGGACAGGGACAUCGGACUUGGAUCAAACCCCCUCAAAAGCCCCCAUCUGUGAGGUGGAGGACACCAGGUCUGCACAGCUGACGCUGUUAGUAGGCCUGGGCAUGAUGCUGGUGUCCACAUGUUUGCUUAUGGUGACAAUUGUUUUAUACCUGAAACAGAAGAGAAAAAGUCUACAACAAAACAGGGGGGGACACGUUGAGGAGAAUGAGAUUCCACUCAGGCUGAAAGAUAAAUAUUACUCUGAUGAUUAACAGA